AGCCAAGAUGGCGGCGAUGGCGACUGGAGACGAGCAUGCUUCCUCUGAAGUUUUGAGAGGACUCGCCCGACAUUUAAAUUGUCUGAACGAAGACAACAAGGCGACAAGAAAAAGAGCUCUGGAGGCGAUCAAGAAGGAGACGGUUGAUAAAGGACUGUCCAGCAGCGCCUUACAGGAAGUCUUUUCUUCCCUCCUCAAGCCUCUCCUUAAAUGCCUGUCAGACCCAAUGGAAAGAUGCAGAGAAACUACUAUAGCGGUUUUAACAGAGUUUAUCCGAUGUGUCCCGAAGCCGGAGGAAUCGCUGCCUUAUCUCAUGCCCUGCUUGGCUCAGCGAUUUGGGGAGAAGGAGAUCCUGGAGCCAGCGGAGGAACUUCGCCUGUCGGCCGUGGAAAUGCUGACUCUAAUAGUGGAAGUGUGUGGGAAGAAUUUAGCACCCUAUCUGAGCGAAGUGAUCAACAUACUGCAGAGAACCAUCGUAGACCCUUUCCCCGAUGUUAAACGUGAAAGCUGCAAGUGCACCGUGAACUUUGCGAAGUGUGUGCCAGAGCACUUUCACAUGCAAGCUGAGAGUCUCAUUAAGCCCCUCAUGUUGACGAUUGCUCAUCAGCACACUCGGGUACGGGUUUCUGUCAUUGAAGCCACUGGGGCGGUCAUUCAGCAUGGAAGUGGGAAAAAAGUGGAUGACGUGCUCUCUCACCUGGCACAGAGACUGUUUGACGACUCACCACAGGUGAGAAAAGCUGUGACUGCAGUCGUCGGUGAUUGGCUGUUGCACUUCAGAGACAGAUAUUCUUAUUUUCACAAACUCAUCCCUCUCCUGCUCAGCACCAUCAAUGAUGAGAUCCCAGAAAUAAGACUUCUAGCUGUUGAUCUGUGGAAGCAGGUAGGCGCGCAGUGGGAGAAGGAGAAUGAAGAUGACAUCAAGGACAAAAUGGACUUCCUUCUCACUCCACCUCCACAUUACCCAUCAGAAGUGGAGCGUCCAGGGUUGGGCUGCAGAGAGCUGGUUGUGAGAAAUCUGGGGAAGCUGGUACUGGCUAUCACACACGAUGUGACCGAUUGGCUGGUGCCAACGCGGGUUAAGACCUCUCAGCUUCUCUCAGUGCUGCUGCUCCACGCCGAGGACCACUGCAUCCAGCACCUGCCAGCUCUAUUGGCCACCCUCUAUCGGGCCUGCACAGAUAGCGAGAGGGACGUAGUCAACAAUUGUCUGGCAGCUGCUAAACUGAUAGGGACCUUUGUCCCUCCACCUGUUUUCCUCAAACUGCUGCUGGAUCACGUGGCAAGCCCACACUCUUCCUCCCACCCUUGGGCCCCCCUCAUGGUGCUGGCUGCCGUGCUCAGAGGAUGCUCCAGGCCCCUCCUUAAACCACACAUCCAGCAGGUCGCCAACGCUCUGGCCCAGCCCGAUGUGUGCCAGGGAUAUCAACAGGUUAUGUACUUGGAGCAGUUGCUGGCGUGUGUGGAUGUGCUGCUGCAUCAGUGUGAGUCAGACUGCAGCUCAGUGAGCCUGCAGCUGCUCCAAGUGCUCAUCACUGUCCAGAGCUUCUCCACUGAGCCACAGCUGAGCGAAAAGGCGUUGGAGAGUGUGGAGUUCUUGUGUAGGGUGCAGGGCUUGGACUCGGUGAUGGAGCUCUAUAGACAACAUAUGGGCCAGCUGCUGGACUGGCUGUCUGCCUCUGUCAACACCUGGUCCAGUUACUCCCCAGAGAGACUUCAGCUGCAUAUCGUAGUCACACAAUCAGGUCCAGUGAUCGGCGAGUUUUUGAGCCAUUUAAUGCCUCUUCUCCAUAACUGCCUGCAACCAAACAGAGACCCAGAGAUGAGGAUGAGCAUCUUCACAAUGCUUGCAAAGUUGCUGCUGGAUGCAGACAAAACACUGGAUUCUCAGGGGCGUUUCCAUGACGAUUCAGAGAGGUUUCUGAGUGACAUCCUGCUUCCUAACCUGGUAUGGCACGCAGGCCGCACCGCCGCUGCCGUCCGCACCUCUGCCCUCAGCUGUCUGCUGGCAGUGCUGCAUGGAGGUGCCAUCACACCUGGACAGCUGAUCUGUUUGGAGGAGAGGAUGCGUCCCCAGGUGUUGUCGGCCCUGGAGGAGGACUCUCAGAUGAGCCGACUGUUGGCUUGUCGCUGUCUGUGUGCCAUACUCAGACUCACAGGAACCAGUUUACACCACGAGGCUCUCAAUAAGAUUUACCCCGAGCUUCUGAAGCGUCUGGAUGAUAGCAGCGAGGAGGUGCGCGGUGUGGCCCUGCAGGCUGUGGGGCUGUGGUUUUCCAGCCUGACCAAAGACUACAACCCUGUGCUCCACGGUGCUCAUCUGCAGCUCCUCUUUCAGCAGCUGCUCCUGCACCUGGAUGACCCUGACAGUUCAGUGCAGGACCAAGUCCUUGAAGUCCUGAAGAAAGGCAGUUCGGCGCACCCUGCACUUCUGAAGAAGGAGGUGGAGGCUGUCCGGGACAAACAGCGAAGUCCUGUCUACUGCGAUCAGCUGCUCCAGCACAUCAGCUCACUGCCCACAGAGUCCAGAGCAAGCUGCACGGAGUGACGCUGCACACGGAGAAACGCAGACAGAUGUUUGUGCCUUAACUGUGAAAAAAAGUGUUCACUUUCUGUUCUUUGAAUUCUAUUUAAGUGUUUCUUUGAGGGGUUUUUUAUAGCAAGAAUAGAAAAAAUUUCCAAGACCUGUUCAUUACCUCACCAUUGUUCUUCAGUACUAUGAGUUUUAUGACUAAAUUUUCUUUUUAAAAAAAAAAAGAUUUUUUAAAUAACUUUUUUGUAUUCCUGUACAGUGUCUCCUUAAUUUGCUGUGUUCUGCAUUCAUUCCUCGUGCUGUACUCCUUUGGCUCUAAUGUUUGAUUUUAAGAAAAAUGUUUUCAGAAUGUUGUAUGUUUGGUUGUUUGUGCAUAUCCCGAUUGUACUAAACCGGUCAGAGGAGCUGGUCAUGUGAUUUUUGCCUUCAAAAUAAAAGCACACA